AUGGUAGCGAUUGCAGAGUCCUCCGAAGCCCUAGCAGAACACAGGUGUGUGGAGAUGGAUUAUUACUAUUUUGCACAUACUCAGGUUUUUACCUAUCAGGUUUGUUUAGGAGGUGAAGGACUCCCUGGAUCCUCUAGGCUAGGAGCCUGUCAGCGAAGCCAGUCAGAAGGGGGGCGGGGGGGGGACCGGGCCGGGCCCGCUGNCCGGCCCGCGGGAACCCAGCCCUCUCAGCCUCGGCCUCUUGCUCCUCCCAGGAUAGCGAGGCUGCGGCAGGAGGCGCGGGAGCAGGAGCAGCUGCAGGCCGAGGAGAAGGCCCGUAAGGCCCGAGAGAGAGAGGCCUGGGUACAGCUCAAGGAGCAGGAAGUGCUGCAGCUGCAGGAGGAUGCAAAAACCUUCAUCACCCGAGAGAACCUGGAUGCUCGGAUAGAAGCAGCGUUGGACUCCCCAAAGAGCUACAACUGGGCCAUCACCAAAGAGGGACAGGUGGUCAGGCCACAGAACAAGGGCAACUAAGGGCCCAGUAAGGACAGUGCCUGCCCAGGGACUGUGUGUGUAUACGGGUAUGACCUGGGAUAAAACAGUGGUGUUUCUUCUGAAGAAGGAAGCUCAACCUAUUCCAUUGUGGCCCUCUUGUUUUGGCCUCUGCAUCUACGACUUGACCAGUGCCCUUUUCUGCCCCAUGUACAACUGUCAGCACAGCACCAGACCCUAAGGUUUCCAUCUUACAGAGGGGCAGACUGGACCAUAGGCGUGAGGUCAUCUCCUGAGUAUCAUCGAGGGUGGUCAGGGGUUGGCAAAUCUGGUCUACUACCUGUUUUUGUAAAUAAAGGUUUGUUUGAAUACA